UUGAAUUAAUUCCUUGGUGAGCAAUUGUUUACAAAUUGAGAAGAUCAAAGUACAGUGUUGGCUAUUUGUGGUGUUCGACUUCGAAUAUUUUCUCAGAGUUCGAAUAUAAUAAUUUCUCAAAAUUCACAGUGAAUUUUUAUAAUGACGCGAGAGUUGAAAAGCAGCAAGGACAUGAUAAGAGUAAAGGAGGAACCGAAAGAUAGUUGGUCAGAUGGAGGCGAAGAUUCUGUGGACUUUUACCAAGUUAAAAACUUUGAAACAUUCCCACACGUUAAAAGAUCGGGAAGUUACAUAAAUGAAGCUAUUGUCUUGAACGAGAAGUCGGAUGAUAGUGUAACCAUUGAAUUUGAAUGCAAAGAUGUAAAAAAUGAACCGUCUUCUCUAUUGAAAACCACCUGCCAAUCUGAUUGUAAAAGUUGCUUACCUUUAGUGAAAAUGGAAAACAGAAAACAGACGAAUCAAUUGAAUGAAAGAAGUCUAAUGAUUUUGAUAAAAAAAGAUUUUGAUUAUAGCAAAAAUUGCUCAUUUCAAGAAAACUCUCAAUUGAAACUUGACAAAAUCGAUGAAAUGAAAAUACUUGAAAAAAGAACACAAAGUGAAUUAUCGUAUAAUUUUAAUGCUUGUAAAAAAAAUCACAACAAAGAAGCGAGUCUAAAAAGAUAUUUCAGUAAGGACCACAGACAAUGUAGACCAAUCGAAUGUCAUAUUUGUCACAAAUUAUGUGAUCGGUAUACUUACAAUAGACACAUCAUGACAGUACAUAAUUACAGCAAACCCUAUGAAUGUGAGAUUUGUCACGAGUCAUUUAAUCGCAAAGAUACCCUUAAAAGACACACAAAAAUAGUACAUAAUCGCAGUAAACCUUUUGAUUGUGAUAUUUGUUACAAAUCAUUUGGUUUAAAACAUUACCUCGAAAGACAUAUAGAUGCAGUACAUAAUGGUAGCAAACCCUUCGAAUGUGAGACUUGUCAUAAAUCAUUUGGACAAAAAAGUACCCUC